CUCAAGUGGGGCGUUAUUAAAAUUGUGUUAGCUUCAUCACAAUUAAUAGCGUAUCGUCCUACCAAGUGCCAUUUUUGCCGGCAUGUUUUCGACUAUUUAAACGCGCAAAUUUCAUGCUCGAACAUUAGUCUAUCUAAUUAUUGCCUGCAUUAUUACACCAUUCGAUGAUAUAUCGAAGAUUUAACUGCAAGCAGGAGAAAAUGCUUCUGACUGUUGUGACCUUUGGCUUGAUAGCCAUCACUCAGCAAGGCCAUUGCCAAACGACCGAAUAUGGUCUGGCUUAUGUAUGGGAACACAGCGACCGCAGGCCUGAUUACGACUACCGGGUAACCACCGCGCUACCCGGCAUGUAUCGUCAUUCUAACGGUGAGCAAUAUUGUAAUUUUCUGGUUGACGAUCCCGAAUAUCAGCGGGUAAUCGUGGUGGGUGAGUGUCUGAAGACGGAAUUCGGCGAGCAGCUGCUCCUUGUUCGUAGGCCUCAGAAAGGCUGUAUACAAAAGGUCAGUUUCGGAACGGCUCCUGCCAUGGCGGACAGAAAGUGGGAGCCGGUGUUUGCUGGCAUCUGGUACAAUCUCCAUGCGGUAGAUCCGGAGGUGUUCGAUGCAGCGGUGACAUCAGUCCAUGACUGUCUCGGGAACGGUACCGAGUGCAAAAUCUGCGUUCAACAGACGCGGCUGUCGGAUCUGAUUGGCGAAAGCUACGGAGUUGGGAAAACCGACCCGACGGUGGCCACCACGGACAGCACGACGACCUGGUGGGUACGAGACUGCCGGAGCCUAGGCGGAAACGCCGUAUGUAACGUCAGUGCGGGAACCUACUGCGACUGCUGCUUUGGCUGGGAAGACGAGCAAGAGUGUGAGCACAUACAGCGGAACCCAGGAGAGCCAUCCAUGUUCAUGGGUUGGGUUUAACAACCAGUUGCGGUUACGAUCCAUUUUAAACAGCCUUCUUAGAAGCGAAUUCAAAUUUUUCAGCGUUGUGUAAUGUAUUACGACUGCACACUGUAGCUCUUCAUGUAACACGCUACAUAUAAUCGCUG